AUGAGAUCAUAUAUAUCGGCAGAAGAACGUUUGCUCAUCACAGUGAGGUAUUUAGCUACGGGUUGCUAUUUCUCAGAUAUUCACUAUGACUUUAAGUGUGGACAAACGACGGCAGGCAUUAUAGUCCGUGAAACAGUGAAAAUAAUAUGGGAUAAAUUAAAAAACAUCUGCAUGCCAGAACCAACCGAAGAAUCACAUCUAAAAACUGCUGAAGGAUUUAUGAAAUACGCAAAUUUUCCCAACCUACUUGGGGCUAUCGAUGGGAAACAUAUUAGAGUUAUAAAACCUCAACAUAGUGGAUCAGAGUAUUUUAAUUAUAAAAAAUAUUUUUCCAUCGUAUUGCUUGCAAUAUGUGACGCAAAUUACAGAUUCAUCAAUAUAGAUGUUGGAUGCUAUGGAAAGGCGGCAGACUCAACAAUAAAUGAAUGUAGUGAAUGGACCAAAAAGAUAAGGCAAGGAAAUUAUAAUAUACCAAAUGCGAGACCACUAUCUAAUAAUGGAGUGCCAAUACCAUUUACGUUUGUUGGAGAUGAAGGCUUUGCAUUAUCUCAACAUUUACAGAGACCUUACGCUGGAAAAAUCUUGCCACGAGAAAAAAGAAUAUAUAAUUACCGCUUGACACGUGCCAGAUGA